CGGGGAGGAAAAGCAGGGGAAAAGGAUGAAUGGGGAGGGAGGCCCCGCCCCGCCGGUGACGUCGGGGUAUAUAAGGGCGAGGCGUUCCCCGCCGGCGCUCUCUUCGGCCUCGCCUCUCCGCCCGGACGGACGCUGAUCGCUCUCUCGCUCCGAGCGCCGCAGGAAGGAAGGAAGGAAGGAAGGAAGGAAGGCUUUGUUCUCGCUCCCCCCCCCCCACCCCCGGCGCCGCGGGUUCGAGGCCCGGGCGCGGAAGGUCGGGAGGGAGCGCAGCGGAGCGGAGGGGAGGCGCCGUCCUUCUCCGGGCGGAUGGACCCGCAGCCCGGCGCCAGGAGCAGCGGCGUCACCGCGGCCCAGGCCUCCUCCUCCUCCGCCGCCUCGCCCUCCGCCGCCCCGCCGCCUCCUCCGCCCCCGGCCCCGUCCCCGGCGCCGCCGAUGCGCGUGUGCGUGCGGACCACGACGGGCGCCCGGUACGAGCUGGCGCUGCCGGCCGAGGAGACCGUGGAGGGGCUGCAGCGGCGCCUCGCCCAGCGCCUCCGCCUCCCCCGGAACAGGCUCGCCCUCCUCCACAGAGACAGCCGCCUGAGUUCGGGGAAGCUGCAGGACCUGGGGGUCGGCGAAGGGAGCAAGCUGACCUUGGUGCCCACCGUGGAGGCCGGAUUGAUGUCUCAAGCGUCCAGGCCCGAACAGUCCGUGAUGCAAGCGCUGGAGAGUUUAACAGAAACUCAGGUGAACGACUUCCUCUCGGGCCGCUCCCCGCUGACCCUCGCCCUCCGCGUCGGGGACCACAUGAUGUUCGUCCAGCUCCAACUGGCCGCCCAGCAGAGCGGGGGGCCGCUCCAGCACCGCCACGUGGGCCCCGCUCGUGGGGAGCCCCCCCGGUCCACCCCUGGCGGAGGAGGAGGAGGAGGAGGGGGGCCCGAUCCCGGCGCCGGUCCCGGGCCCGCCUCCAGCAGGACCCCCCACGUGCCGCCCUGCCAGCCGAGCCCCCCGCCCUCCCCGCCUGUGGCCCCGCCCCCACCCUGUGGCCCCGCCCACCCGGUCAUGGCGGCGGGAAUGUUCCGGUCGCACGGCACCAGCGCCCCACCAGCAAACGGGAGCGCGACGUCCUCGUCCUCCUGUUCGGAGGUCGACUGUGUGGCGCGCGGCAGCCCUUCGCCCAGCCCGAGCCAGCCUUCCCGGACACGCAAGCCCGGCGCCGUGAUCGAGAGCUUCGUGAACCACGCCCCCGGAGUCUUCUCCGGAACGUUUUCGGGCACGCUGCACCCCAACUGCCAGGACAGUGCCGGCCGGCCGCGCCGGGACAUCGGCACCAUCCUGCAGAUCCUGAACGACCUGCUGAGCGCCACGCGGCACUACCAGGGCAUGCCCCCCUCGCUGGCCCAGCUGCGCUGCCAGGCCCAGUGCGCCCUCGCCCCCUCCCCGCCACCCUCCCCGCACUCCGCCAGCCGCGCCGCCUCCACCGCCUCGGAGAAAAUGGCCGCCGCCGUGACCGCCGCCAGCCAGCCCUCGCACCCGGGACAGGGGCCCACGGCCUGCAAGCCCACCGCGGGGGGCGACCGCGUGCGGCAGACGGAGAACCGGGCCACGCGCUGCAAGGUGGAGCGGCUGCAGCUCCUGAUGCAGCAGAAGCGCCUUCGCCGGAAAGCCCGCCGGGACGCUCGGGCGCCCUACCACUGGCUGCCCAACCACCGCAAGUCCAGCCGGACCAACAGCAACAGUAGCCUGUCCAGCGAAGGCAGCGGCAGCCUCGACCUGGACUUCGACGACUCCGUCUGGAAGCCCGACGUCAAGCCGGACAUGAAGUCGGAAUUUGUCGUCGCGUGAAUCGAGCGGGGACGGGGAAAGCGACGACGACAACAACAACAAAGACUCUAGUAAUAAUUAAUAAUACAUUUUCUUUGGUCCGUGGGAGCAACGGAGUUUUUGUUUUCCUUUUUCGUUUCCUGGGUGCUUGAUUCACAAAGAAGACUUGGUUGCUGUGGAUUUCUCCGAGCGGACGGGCGGAUGAAUUUAGUUUUUUUGGAACAGUAUUUUCUACGAUGGGUUUUCCUCUCCUCCUCGCUGCUGAAACUCUGCCGAGGUUUUGAGUCUUGCGGACGGGAAACAGCUGUGUGCGAGCGAGGAAGUCAGCGAGCAAGCGGCAAAGACGAGCGCUGGUGGUUUGAGGGCGUGGUGAGGCCUUUUGCGGUUUCGGGAGGAGGAAUCUUCAAACACGGCUGCCUUAAAUGAUGACGAUGCGCAGAUAGACGGCAACGGCAACUUCGGGGGGUGGGAAUGGAGCGGGAACAAGAACCGCGGAACGCAAUCGGGAUUCUUCCGAGUUUCCGAUUUCAGAGUUCUGUGUUCUGGGUUCCCGCGUUUUGGGGUCCGGGGAGGAAGGCCGUCCCGUUUGUGCCGGGAAGCGGCCUCCUCCCUUCCUUCCCUGUGACGGAAACGCCCGGAGGCGGACAGAGAUGUGUGGAAAGUUUUCUUUUUAAACACUUUUGUAAACGUUCUCCUUUUCGUUUUUUUGGUGACUUCUACGUGAACGGGAAGCACUGUGCAUUCUUUUAAAGCAGGAAGUUUUGUCCCCGGUGCAGGGUGGUGGGGUGCGUGGCGAGCGAGUGAACGAAUGAGAGUCUGCUAUCCGUGUCUUCUCCCCCUUUCCUCCCCGGGAUAUGUAGCAUUUCUCACCAUCGCCCGUCUUUCGAGCCGGACGACUCUCUUCCUCCUGCUGAUAACUUUCCUCCGUUCCCGUACUUCUGCCCCUCUUUGGUGAAUCGUUGUGCAACACGGCGCAACACGGUGGAGGGAAAUAGGCCGGCAUUUCCUCGCGUUCCUUGCGGACCAAAGAAGGGUUUGAUGGAUGGAUACUGAGAUAGGCGAUCCCUCGUUGUCCGAGCACGGUGGCCUUCCGAGUGUAGUGUCUUGGUGGUGGAUACGUAGAUGGAUAGAUAGAUAGGCAGGAGGCGAGGAGACGAAAGCGGAGCGGGGAGACAAGGGGGAGCGGGGAGAUGAAAGCAGAGUGGGGAGACAACUGGGGAGCGGGGAGAUAAAAGUGGAGCGGGAAGACAAAAGCGGAGCGGGAAGACAAGAGGGAGUGGGGAGACGAAAGCGGAGUGGGAAGACAACGGGGGAGUGGCGAGACAAAAGUGGAGCGGGGAGACGAAAGCGGAGCGAGGAGACGAAAGCGGAGUGGGAAGACAAGGGGGAGUGGCGAGACAAAAGUGGAGCGGGGAGACGAAAGCGGAGCGAGGAGACGAAAGCGGAGUGGGAAGACAAGGGGGAGUGGCGAGACAAAAGUGGAGCGGGGAGACGAAACUGGAGCGGCAUCACCUCGCCAUUUCCUGCCCGCUCUUGCUUUCCCUUUGCACAUUCUCAAUGCAAUUAUAUCGACUUACUUACAAAAUAAAAACACGAAACGACCCUAAUCAGCCCUCUGACACUUCCAGCCACCCCUUACUUCUUCCAGGUGGAAGUGAUACUUCGCGUGCAUGCGCAUGGACGUGUCCAGAUAGUGACCAACUCUCUUCCAAUUUUAUUUUAUUUUAAACGGGGGGAAGAAUCGACAAAAACCAUUAACGCUUUCCAGGGUACACAUUUGGGUGUGUUUUGUAUUAUUAUUGUUAUUUAUAGACUUCCACCAAAAGAAAAUCUGAGCCAGUCGUGUUUGUUUUGUUUCCGAUGGGCCAUUUGUUUGUCUGCAACCCUCGCAACCCCAGGUGUGUCUGUGUGUGUCCGUGUGUCCGUUCAGAGCAGGGGACGCGGGUUAGUUGGUGCAACCCAACCCGCUGCAAAUGGAAAUGGCUUAUUUGUCAUCCUGUGUCUCUCUGGCUUAUUUGUCAUCCUGUGUUUCGGGUUUGAUUCCCAAGCCUUAAUUAAAUGGAGCAGCAACUCCUUGGCCGGAAAGAAGGGAAAGAUUUACAGCAGGCAUGGGCCAACUUGGGCCCUCCUCCAGGUGUUUGGGACUUCCACAGUUCCUUUAGUAUGUGGAGAACAUCCUUCCUGUACAUGGAAGACAUACUCUUAGCAGUCAUGGGCCAACUUGUCCCUCUCUCCAGGUGUUUGGGACUUCCACAGUUCCUUUAGUAUGUGGCGAACAUCCUUCAUGUACAUGGAUGACAUACUCUUAGCAGUCAUGGGCCAACUUGUCCCUCUCUCUAGGUGUUUUGGACUUCCGCAGUUCCUUUAGUAUGUGGAGAACAUCCUUCAUGUACAUGGAUGACAUACGCUUAACCGUCAUGGGCCAACUUGGGCCCUCUCUCCAGGUGUCUUGGACUUCCACAAUUCCUUCAUGUACAUGGAUGACAUACUCUUAACAGUCAUGGGCCAACUUGGGCCCUCUAGGUGUUUUGGACUUCCACAAUUCCUUCAUGUACAUGGAUGACAUACUCUUAACAUAAACAUGGGCCAACUUGGGCCCUCCCUCCAGGUGUUUUGGACUUCUGCAGUUCCUUUAGUAUAUGGAGAACAUCCUUCAUGUACAUGGAUGACAUACGCUUAACCGUCAUGGGCCAACUUGGGCCCUCUCUCCAGGUGUCUUGGACUUCCACAAUUCCUUCAUGUACAUGGAUGACAUACUCUUAACAGUCAUGGGCCAACUUGGGCUCUCUAGGUGUUUUGGACUUCCACAAUUCCUUCAUGUACAUGGAUGACAUACUCAUAGAAGUCAUGGACCAACUUGGGCCCUCCCUCGAGGUGUUUUGGACUUCCACAGUUCCUUUAGUAUGUGGAGAACAUCCUUCAUGUACAUGGAUGACAUACUCAUAGAAGUCAUGGGCCAACUUGGGCCCUCCUCCAGGUGUUUUGGACUUCCACAAUUACUUCAUGUACAUGGAUGACAUACUCUUAACAGUCAUGGGCCAACUCGGGCCCUCCCUCCAGGUGUUUUGGACUUCCUCAGUUCCUUUAGUAUGUGGAGAACAUCCUUCCUGUACAUGGAUGACAUACUCUUAACAGUCAUGGGCCAACUUGGGCUCUCUAGGUGUUUUGGACUUCCACAAUUCCUUCAUGUACAUGGAUGACAUUCUCAUAGAAGUCAUGGGCCAACUUGGGCCCUCCCUCGAGGUGUUUUGGACUUCAACUCCCACCGUUCUUUCAUGUACGUAUAUGACAUCACUCUUUCUCCUCCUCGCCCCCUUUAACCCAUUCUUUCUACAAUCCGCUCUUCUUUGCAGAAUUCACUCUUAACAUUUCUUCCUGGUCCCGAACAAUGUGAGGCCAACAUCAAACGUUUCCCUUGACACCCGUAGUCUCUCGAUCACAUAGGAAAAGAUGUACCAGUGGCCCGCGGACCACCAGUGACCCCCAAGAACUGAAAUACAGUCCACGACCUCAGUUACUACACCAUUGCAACAAGAGCGACUGGUUUUGCAAAACUCUUCUAGUGCCGAGGAAAUGGGGAUGUCGAGGGGGAGAGGUUGAAGACACCAUUCUGAAGAUUAAGGCCUGCAAUGACUAACUGCCUGGUUGCCGAAUUGUAACUAAAAGCCUCCUGACUGCUGCUUCUCCUCUUCCUCCCUCCCUAAGAACAAGGCCAAGGAUCAGACCCGUUUCCCAUCCAGCAGAACUGACUCCCUGCAACACAUGUCAUGACUCCUUCCUCUGUCCGUCACUUUUUGGAUUGUCAUAAGGUCUCAUAUAUCAAUAUUUUCCUGACGUCCCAAAGUUGUAAAUGAACGAUAGACGUCUUCCAUCUUGGCUCCAUCUCAGUUUCCUGGACCAGAUGUUGACUCUUCUCGAUUGGCGUUGGCCUUGUGUUGACUUCCUUCUUAACAGUUGUAAACAUUUCCUUAACUUGAUGUGAACAUUUCUCUUACCACUGUCACCGUUCUUAUCACAGGCAGGUCAACUAUUUCAGGUCGUUUUCUGUGGUAUCUGGCCAUGUUCCAGAAGCAUUCUCUCCUGAUGUUUCACCCACAUCUAUGGCAGGCAUCCUCAGAGGUUGUGAGGUAUGGAGAAACUAGGCACUGGCCUCCGACUGACAAAGAGUUCUUCUCUCACCCUGGACUUUCCACAGAUAUAUAUUAACAUUCCUUGCUGAGUUUCUCCAUACCUCACAACCUCUGAGGAUGCCUGCCAUAGAUGUGGGCAGAAAGUCAGGAGAGAAUGCUUCUGGAACAUGGCCACACAGCCCGGAAUACGUACAACAACCUUGAUUAACUACAACAUUCACACUGGCCUCCGACUGACAAAGAGUUCUUCUCUCACCCUGGACUUUCCACAGAUAUGUAUAAACCUUCCUUGCUUAGUUUCUCCAUAUACCUCACAACCUCUGAGGAUGCCUGCCAUAGAUGUGGGUGAAACGUCAGGAGAGAAUGCUUCUGGAACAUGGCCAUACAGCCCAGAAAACAUACAACAGCCUUGAUUCACACUGGCCUCCAACUGACAAAGAGUUCUUCUCUCACCCUGGACUUCCCACACAUAUAUAUGAACCUUCCUUGCUUAGUUUCUCCAUACCUCACAACCUCUGAGGAUGCCUGCCAUAGAUGUGGGUGAAACGUCAGGAGAGAAUAUUUCUAGAACAUGGCCAUACAACAACCCUGUGAUCCCGGCCAUGAAAACCUUUGACAACAGAUUUGUAACCCUUUUGGUUCUUACGUCGGAGUAGUCCCCCGUUAAAAAAAGCUUGGGAACCCCUGCACAGAAUUCUCACUCGUUUCGCAGGUGCCAAUUUGCAUGGCGGUGCCUUUCUUUGCCCCCAAAACGAAUGACGGGAGUCCGGGUCCUCCUUUCCCGCCGCAGCCUCUUGCCAACCGGAGGAGACGGAACGGGCUCGUCUUGUCUCUUCCGGUCAAAUUGCGUCCGUUCUUCCCCUUUCCCCAUUGUACGUUUUGUUGUAGAUGAAAUUCAAUUUCCAAUUGUUUUAUGUAUUUAAAUGUGCUCUUUUUAUUAUUUCGGGUUUUUUUGUACAGCGUGUGUGUGUGUAUGUAUCCUGUCCCGAAAGACGCGUUUCGUCUUCCUCGCAGAAAGUUGGUCGGUCCUUCCUUAUUGGUUUGUUGAUUUUUUAAAAGUCUAUAUAAGAGCAGAAAGGAGAGUCAAAAACAUUACAAAAAAUAUACGAAAUGAAUCCUCGCCUCUUGUAUGUUUGGGAAGAGAGAGUGUCAUGGGAACGAUGCGUGUGUCAAGAACGGAGGCGUGAUGUAGCACGAUGCGUGUGUCGGGAACGGAGGCACGAUGUAGCGCAAUGCGUGUGUCGGGAACAGAGGCGAGAUGUAGCGCGAUGCGUGUCAAGAACGGAGACGCGAUUCGUGUGUCGGGAACAGGCUCGAAGCGUGUCAAGAAUGGAGGCGUGAUGUAGCGUAAUUCGUGUGUCGGGAACAGGCGCGAUGUAGCACGAUUUGUGUCAGGAACAGAGGCGCAAUGUAGCGCAAUGUGUGUGUCGGGAACCGGCGCAAUGUAGCGCGAUGUGUGUCAAGAACAGAGGCACGAUGUAGCGCAAUGCGUGUGUCAGGAACGGAGGCGCGAUGUAGCGCAAUGCGUGUGUCGGGAACAGGCACAAUGUAGCACAAUGCGUGUGUCAGGAACGGAGGCACAAUGUAGCGCGAUGUGUGUCGGGAACACAGGCAUGAUGUAGCGCGAUGCGUGUCAGGAACGGAGGCGCGAUGUAGCGCGAUGUGUGUGUCGGGAACGGAGGCGCGAUGUAGCGCGAUGCGUGUUGAGAACGGAGGCACGCUGCAGCGCGAUGCAUACGCCGGGCUCUUGGUUGGCCGCCACGAUUUAAGUUACCUGUAUUAAAAAAAGAGAAAAAACUUUUAAAACAUGGUUUGAAAAAUAAUAAACACAAAAUAAAGAUUGCUUGAGCCACA